AAAACCUCUUCUUUAAAUUUUAAUAUUAUACCUUUACUAUUUUUAUUCAACUUGUGCGAAUAACCCGAAAAGGGUCAUCCAUGAUGAUUCAAGAGCUGUUCAAAAAUUCCAAAUCCCAGAUUGUAUUAGGAGAGUUUGGGGCAUUUUCACAGUAAGUGAUUGAUCAAAGGUUCAUCUUCCCACCUGAAAUCAAAUCUAGUCCACAAUUUUAGUAUCCCAACUUGCCAUGCAAUCAUUUUUUUCAGAAAGAUACGUCUCUUAUUCUUAGCCGGAUCAUAGAAUCCAAUCCAAAACCCUCUUACAGUUUUCGGCUUUUUAAGGGUAGUCUCUCACAAUAAAGAAAUAUAAGUAACCACUUUUUGCUCUGUAGUUUGUUGAUCCUAUAAUUCAAUAUUUCCCAUCCAGAAGAGAUAAGAAGGAAGCGAGUUUCUUCUGGGUUUAGCAAUCUGAGAAAAAAUGCAUCCAUUACAGGAUAGGUUUAACAAGUUCAUCAAUAACCGAUGGCUUGUGUUCGUAGCUGCAAUGUGGAUUCAGUCGUGUGCGGGAAUCGGGUACUUGUUUGGGAGUAUCUCACCGGUGAUAAAAAGCUCUCUGCACUACAACCAGAGGCAGAUUGCGACUUUGGGUGUAGCCAAGGAUCUUGGGGAUAGUGUUGGAUUCCUCGCUGGAAGCUUGUAUGGGGCCUUGCCUCUUUGGGGAGUUCUGCUCAUAGGUGUUCUUCAGAACUUUUUUGGGUAUGGAUGUGUUUGGCUGAUCGUAACCCAGAGAUUGCCAACUAUGCCUUUGUGGGUGAUGUGCAUUCUCAUAUUUGUGGGAACCAAUGGUGAGACCUAUUUCAAUACAGCAGCUCUAGUUUCAUGUGUGCAAAACUUCCCCAAAAGCCGGGGUCCUGUGGUGGGCAUUCUGAAGGGGUUUGCUGGGUUGGGUGGUGCAAUUUUGACUCAGAUAUAUGCUAUGUUCAAUUCCCCCGAUCAUGCAGGAAUCAUAUUCAUGGUUGCUGUUGGGCCGACCAUGGUGGUUAUAACAUUGAUGCUCAUUGUAAGACCUGUUGGAGGUCACAGACAGGUUCAGCCAUCGGAUGGUUUGAGUUUCACAUUUAUUUACAGUGUGUGUCUCCUUUUGGCUGCUUAUUUGAUGGGGAUCAUGCUCGUUGAAGAUUUUUUCGAUCUGAACCAGACUGUUAUCACCUUAUUCACAAGUAUUUUGUUUAUUCUCUUGUUGCUUCCUAUUGUAAUCCCCAUUCUAUUGAGCUUCUCGUCAAAGCACAGACCCACCGAAGAGAGCCUUCUCCCUGUGCCUCAAAAAGAGGAAUCUAGCAAAUCUGGCCAUGAUAUGAAUGAAGUUAUUUUAAGUGAGGUGGAGGAUGAGAAGUCGUCAGAAGUAGACUUGCUUUCUGCAUUAGAGAGGCAAAAGCGAAUUGCACAGUUGCAAGCAAAACUGUUCCAAGCAGCUGCAGAAGGGGCAGUGAGAGUCAAGAGAAGGAAAGGUCCACGCAGAGGGGAGGAUUUCACAUUGAUGCAGGCACUGAUAAAGGCAGACUUUUGGCUUAUCUUCUUCUCACUUCUGUUGGGUGCGGGAUCUGGUUUGACCGUGAUUGAUAAUCUGGGUCAGAUGAGUGAGUCUUUGGGGUAUGACAAUACCCAUGUAUUCGUGUCCAUGAUCAGCAUUUGGAAUUUUCUUGGCCGUGUAGGUGGCGGUUACUUCUCUGAAAUUGUUGUGAGGGAUUAUGCAUAUCCAAGGCCAGUGGCCAUGGCUAUAGCUCAAGCGAUCAUGGCAGUUGGGCAUUUCUUCUUCGCUAUGGGAUGGCCUGGUGUUAUGUAUGUUGGUACCCUAUUGAUUGGACUAGGUUAUGGAGCCCAUUGGGCAAUUGUUCCAGCAGCAGCUUCUGAAUUGUUUGGCUUGAAAAACUUUGCGACUUUGUACAAUUUCCUCACACUGGCAAAUCCUGCUGGAUCAUUGGUCUUCUCUGGUCUCAUUGCUAGCAGCAUAUAUGAUUACGAAGCGGAGAAGCAAGCUCACAUGCAUUCACCCCAGAAGCCAUAUGGUCUCCUUCAUACGAUGCUUGAAAUCGCACCUAGAUUGGAAAAGACAUUGAAGUGCAAUGGUACCAUAUGCUACUUCCUUACUUCCCUGAUAAUGUCUGGACUCUGCAUCAUUGCAGUCGUGUUGAGUUUGAUUCUUGUCUAUCGCACCAAGAUUGUCUAUGCAAACCUUUAUGGAAAAUCCCGUACUUAAGAGUUGGAAAGAGAGAGCUAGUCGCUGAAAAUGGUUUCUGUGAUAAGUGUCCAGUACUUGAUCUGUCCCACAUGCAAGCCUUAUCAUUGCUCAUAUAAGGUUGUGGAGAUUCCUCACAUGUACCUGCCUUGUUUGGAAAGGAAUAUCUGUCAAGGGGAAGAAGCAAGUGAUGAGCAUAUCAUCCCCAGAAUUUAGAACCAAGGACCGAAAAAGAUGUAGUCUCGGUGUUUCUUUCAUUAGGCCAACUUGUGCAAGUGGUGCAAAUCUCUACUGUGGUUCUGCUUAGGGACUCAUGAGACUUUGAAAUCUAGUCUCAGGGGUCUCGAUCAUUGUGUAUCAUAAACAAGGAGCUUGUUUAUAUCAUUCGAGAAAUUGGUACUCGAUCCUCAUGGAUCAAAGCGAAUGAAAUACUUUAUUCUGUUA